AUGGUGUCUGAGUGGAAGCUGGAGACGCCAGCCCUGCCGCCAAAAGGCCAACAGGCGCCUAUCGUCGCCAUUGCGCCACGCCUGCUUGAGGCCGCGUGCAGCGAGCAACUGAUCGAGGACGGACUGGCGCCAAGCUGGAGGGAGGGGGGCCAUAUAUUGACCCAUCCAUCGAUCAUCAGCCGCAUGGUUCGCAGCCCGCGCGGCUUCUCUCCAAAGGCCGCCGCUUGUCUCGCGCGGGGCGGUUGCACACAAGCCCCCGUCGACUUUCACACCACGAUGCAGUCGAUCCCUGAUGGCGCCUGUGCCAGGGUGCCCGGAAUAUGCGAGCGAUUCAACGGCUGGCGGGAUCCAAGCAUGACGCUCGCGCUCACUGGGCGCAUGUGCUAUUCCCAAACGAAACAAUCCUGGCCCGCCUCUGGAUAUUUGCAACUACCUCAUGCUCAAGCCAGGUUUACACUACCCCAAAGUCUGCUAAGGGAACGUCCUGCAGCUUGGACAGCGCCGAAAAGCGUAGCAUCACCUCGCCGCCCUAGCCCACCCGCAAAACAUGUGUUUAAAUACUCGUGCUUCCGCUGCUUCCCCGACGUAAGCGGUAGUUCACGUUUCGUACUACCACGCUCGCUGGCCGUUGCAAUGUUUCCCUUUUCAUGGACCCUGUUUCCCAAUUGGAGCUGGUUCUGCAUAUUUUUGGCGCUCUUUUUGUUCCGUUAUGUCAGGUUAUGGGUCAAUUUGGCGAGCAACUGGACGUAUAGGCCCAUACAACCCGUUGACGAGCCGACCAUUACGUCCAAGGAUAUGACUGUCAUCAUCCCCACUGUGGCCGAAGACCUCCAGCAAUUGAAGGAGACGGUCCAAAGCGCAUACCGACUCGAGCCACUCGAACUUUUGCUGGUAACACCUGACUCGCGUGUCAAGCGUGUCUACCAGAUGGUGGAAGAGCUGGGCAACCCAAAGCUCAUCCAGGUCUUGUCAGUCAGCCAGGCGAACAAGCGCAGGCAGCUGUGUCGGGCCAUUCCUGAAGUCGAGACGAAAAUCACACUGCUGCUCGACGACGAUGUCUGGCUCCCCGAGAAGUUCACCAAGUGGAUUCUCGCUCCCUUUGAAGAUGCCCGGGUGGGUGGCGUAGGAACCAACCAACAACUUCGGCGUUUCAAUCGCUCCAACAUAUGGGAAUUUCUCGGUGCCAUCUACCUGGUGAGAAGAAACUUUGACUGCACUGCGUGCAACUGGAUCGAUGGUGGUCUGCCGUGCCUUUCGGGACGAGCCGUUGCGUAUCGCUCUGAGAUUCUGCAAGAUUCCAACUUUACCUACGGCUUCACGCACGAGACGUGGGGCAGCGACCACUUCCUCAACGCCGACGACGACAACUUCAUCACACGGUGGCUCUUUUCACACGAUUGGAAAAUCAAGAUCCAGAACCACCGCGAGUGCGAGGUGGAGACGACGCUCGAGAACGACUCCAAGUACCUGCGCCAGUGCCUCCGUUGGGUGCGCUCUAACUGGAGGAGCAAUCUAACCAGUCUGACCGAGACGAAAAUGUGGACGAGCUACCCGUGGUCUCUCUACGCCGUCUUCCAGACCACCAUUACGCAAUGGGCUUUUCUGCUCGAUGCCCUGCUCGUCAUCACAGUUUACUUUGCCCUGGCGGAAGCCGGGUACUACGCUGUUGACAACAACAACAACAACAACCACCACCACCACCACCACCUCCUCACCACUACCACUACCACCAUCAACAAUAAUAAUAUCAACAACAACAAUUCCAUCCAUGCCCAGGACGCGCCCUGGCAACGCACCCUCCUGUGGGCGCUGUUCCUUGCCCACUGGGUAUUUGCAAAGACGAUCAAGCUAGUCCCUCAUUUGUUGCGAAAUCCGGGCGACGUCCGCUUCAUCCCGGUCUCGAUCCUGUUUGGUUAUUUCCACAAUUUGAUCAAGCUCUAUGGUUGUAUCACGGUGACAGAGGUAGGUUCUAGCCCCGCACAACAUGGGCUUUGCUCGAUAGAAGCUAACGGGCGGCUGCAACAGACCACAUGGGGCACGCGUGAAGGGGCGGAUGCCGACGACAACAUCAGAAUGUUACCCAUCCCGCCAAUGGCGACGAUUACGCCUCCGUCGACGCCUGCUCCAGGCAGUCGCAUGCUUCGUGAGCGCUGCGCCGGUUUCCCGACUUCUUGA